UAAUUUUAUUCCUUGGAAAGGUGUGAAGAGAGGAAAGUCAUGUAUGUGUAUUCUGAAACUCGCUAUUUGGUGCUUACUGUGGCUGGGGAUGCGAUCGUCGUCAGAUUCUGGGGGACAUGCUGGACAAUCCUCUUCAUUAAGCUACGUCAUUGGUCAAGAAGAUAUCGCCCUCCGUCGAACAAAUAUUGAUUUUUCUGAUAAUUGAGCAAGCCAAUACCCAUGCCUCGGAGGAACAUGAUCAUUAACAUCGCAGGCUCUGAUGAGAGCGAUGAUAACCUCGUUAUAGCGCUUCAAGAACCUGACUGGCCUGGUCUCGACGAUUUGAUGGAGAGGAUGGAGCUCAUGAACAGAUAUUUACCAGAAGAACAUAGAAUACCACCGCCUGUUGCCCUGAAUGUCGAGGUGAGGAGACCCGGGCUUGCGGACCGGACAGCUCCUCCACGCAAUAGACGGAGUCGGAGUUUGUCGGCAUUAGACUCCCGCGACGCUCUGAACCCCGUGGCUUUGAAAGACGUGGAAGAUUUCUUGGACCGCGAGCUGCGGCGUAUGCGACGCAGGAAAACGUACCGCCGCCGCCGUCGCUCACGUCCUCUGCGCGCGACCAGAUAUCGCCCCCGCGCACAAGUGCAGGAAAUCGCAUUACGCCCGAAUGUUGGGGUGCGAUCUAAAUUCAUCAUUGGCAUCGUCCUAGCUGCGACCGUCGCCCUUUCGUGCAUUUUUUUCUUCAAGCUCUCUGCUUCAAUCAUGGAGAUUUUUAGUCCCUAAUGUCACAUCGAUAUUAGCUUAGGUCCUUAGGAGUUUUAAUCAAUUUAAUCAUGACUGCGGUAAUUUUAUGCAUCUAGACGUUGGCUUUCCAGGAAGCUUUUACAUACCUCGGAUUAAUUUUGAUUAUAAUUUUCCGUGGUUUUGACUUACUACUGUAAUGCGUGACCAAACUGUUUGAUUGAACGCAUUUAUCCAUGAUUGUAGUAAAUUUGACGGAAAAUCAAAA